AUGGGUCGUUUUGACUACCCAUCACCUUAUUGGGAUUCUGUGGGCGAUCCAGCUCUGGAUCUUAUUGACCGGAUGCUUACAGUUGAUUUUGAUAAGCGCAUCACGGUGGAAGAAUGCCUAGAACACCCUUGGCUCACAGGAAAAUACCCAAGCGUUGCCGAUAGCACAGACGGUCUUACAGGGGCGUUGGGAAGACUGGACUUUUCAAAACGGAAGCUUGCUCGGGAGCGCACACUCCUCAGCAGUAUCAAUGAUGUGCAAUACAGCCAGGAGAAGCCAGGAGGUGGAGCUCCAGUCAAGGUCUUUCACAAGAACACUCCUGGUCAGCGCAUGCACAACAAAAAGAAGACUCGGAACCACGAGAACUCGCCCAACGACAAUAGCGGUCCGAAAGACUUUGUCAAUCUUGGAGAGCGCGGCGACCCAGUGCUCUUUGAAGAAGACCGGACAAGCCGCUACAAUUAG